GUGAAGGCUUCAUGACACACAUAACGCCACAGAGCCAGUUGCCUGAUACUUACAAAGGAAAGUCAUGGGGAAGACAGGUGGAAGAGGCGACUUUGAAUGGGUCUACAAUGACCAGCCGCACACUUCGAGAAGAAAAGAAAUACUAGCCAAAUACCCAGAGAUCAAGUCUCUAAUGGGUCCAGACCCCCAGCUGAAGUGGGUGGUAUCAGGCAUGGUCCUAACCCAGCUCCUGGCCUGCUAUCUGGUUCGCGACCUCUCCUGGAAGUGGAUUUUCUUCUGGGCUUACGCCUUCGGAGGCUGCAUUAACCACUCCCUGACUCUGGCUAUCCACGACAUCUCUCACAACGUAGCCUUUGGCAACAAGCUGGCAAAGUGGAACCGCUGGUUUGCAAUGUGGGCCAACCUGCCCAUCGGGCUGCCCUAUUCUGCCUCUUUCAAGAAGUACCACAUCGACCACCAUCGGUAUCUGGGAGGCGACCAGCUGGAUGUUGACAUCCCUACAGACUUUGAGGGAUGGUUCUUCUGCACCCCAGCCAGGAAGGUCCUGUGGCUUUUCCUCCAGCCGUUUUUCUACGCCCUGCGCCCACUGGUGGUCAAUCCAAAGCCAGUGUGUCAGCUGGAGAUCCAGAACGCAGUAGUUCAGCUCACAGUAGAUUUAAUUAUCUACUAUCUAUGGGGCUUGAAGCCCAUUGUUUACCUCAUUGCUGGAUCUAUCCUGUGUAUGGGACUGCACCCUAUCUCUGGACAUUUCAUAGCUGAGCAUUACAUGUUCCUGAAAGGACACGAGACAUAUUCUUACUAUGGACCACUGAACUGGAUCACCUUCAAUGUCGGGUAUCACAUGGAGCACCAUGACUUCCCCAGUAUACCUGGCAGUAAACUACCUCAGGUCAAGCAAAUCGCAGCAGAGUAUUAUGACUCCCUUCCUCAACACACUUCCUGGACCCGGGUAUUAUGGGACUUUGUGUUUGAUGACAGCAUUGGCCCCUACGCCAGGAUCAAACGGGAGUACAAGCUAAGCAAGCAAGAAUAGAUGUGUGACUUAUUAUAUGUCCCAUUAAAAAGGAAUGUGAAUUUCAGUAGUUAGAAACCUAUGGACCACUACGAAAUGUCAUAUUCACUAGUUUAAAUGUUUGGUUUUUCCAUGUAGUGUGUAGUUGUCACUCUAUCUACACUUUAGAAUGUGGCAGACAGUCCCAUCUUAAAUAAGUCCUGUACUUGAGUUACUAUAUGGAAAAUAAAUAUGCACAUAGCAGUUGGAUACAUACAAUUUAUGGAAAUGGGAAUUCAGCAUGUACAGCUAGAUGGUUUCUUUGGCCCAUUAUUUACUCAUGCAUCUAUUACUCCUAUAAAUAGAUGUCCCGUUGUUGUGACAUUGACAAUGACAUUUUCUUGUACACAGAAGAUGCUGAGAAGGGCAAAAUGAUGAUGAUAAUUGUAUAAUAAUAGUAUUCUGUGAUAGUAUUUGGUAUAAACAUCCUCAUUUCUUACAAGACAAAGGUCACAUGCAUUCUCAUGAGGUUUUACAGAGCUGUCACUACCUCUGUAGAUUUCCUUCCUGCCUGUGAGCAUUACGUCAGGCCUCUUAAGAAUUUCUGAAUGUGAGAAUCAAGGCACACAAAGCCUCUUAGAUUACCUAAUGCAAUUUCACAUCCAUUGCGCAGAACAGUGCUGAAGUGGAAAAUGAGCAUUGAAACUUACCCUUUUAGUAAGAAGAGCCUUUUCUUCAGUGACGCCUCAUUCUGCUUGCUUGCCGCUCCAUUGUGCUGUAAACAGUUCGAUUAUAUCUACAGGGAGUGGACAAAAUAACAGGAUCAACAUACAAUGCAAAAAUGGCUUUUUUUUCCUAUGAUGUGAAUAUCCACGGCACUGCAAGAAAACGUACUACAAAGUUACAAAUAGGCUAUGUUGCCUGAAUUGAUGAUGCAGCCGGUACAAAAUCCUAAAUUAUAUGUAAUGAGGUGAGGAAAAAAGCCUAUGAAAUCACAGCAAGAAAACUGCAUUAGCAAAAAGUGGUGGUCACAAGCAGACCUUGACCUUCGCUCUAUGAAAGUCUCUUAACAACACUACAAACUACCACAAAUCAACACUGACUACUGAAUAAAAACCUUACAUACUUCCCCAAUUUAGUGUUUACUGCAGGGCUGUUAUGUUUCUGUUAUUUUGUCCACCCACUGUAUAUACAACUCAAUCUAUGUGUUGUGAUUAAUAACUGUUAUCUUUGUUGUUUCUAUUUAAAUGAUUGUAUAACUGUUUUUUUAUAAUAUAAAAAAACAGUUUUUUAUAAUAUAAAAAAACAGUGAAAGAUCUGCAUAAGAAGAUACUACUAUAAAGAAUAUAAGUUUUGGUUGA